UUAAUUAGUCUUAUCUAGAGACCUUAUGAAAUGAGGGUGAACAGGUAAGCUUCUGUAACAGCUCUUAGUAUGUCUUGGUUGCCAUGGACAUACAUGCAGAAAUGUGCCAGCCCCCAAAGGACUCCACAUGCCUUGCCAGAGAUUUUGCUGGAAGAGUUCACAGUCAGAGAUGCACACGUAGUGGCUUUUUGCACAUCUGCUGGCAGAAGCUCACAUGCAGCUUUGUGUGGGCACAUGAACUUGCACUGAAGCAGCCUUUGGGACUUGCUGUGGUGGUGCAUGCCUUGACACGCAGGCACACAUGCACACUCGGAGUCCUGUGGGCAGCCCUCAGCAGCAUGCAUUGGCUUGCAUGAGAAGUGCCACCGAGGCAGGGCAACUCAGCUCAGCCAGCUGCAAGCUCCAAGAGCAGGAGAAGCUGUCACCUGGCCCUCAAACAACAACUUUGUGAUUCCAGUCUUCUGGUUGACUGCUUCUCACCUUUGGCCAUUGUGUGCAGGAAAGGAAUAAUAUGUUGAUUUCUGUGAAAGGGCUAGGAAGAAGUUCAAAAGAUGGCUUUUGUGUUUACAGCUGGUGAGAUGGACAUUCUCAGGCAUCUGCAUGUCUGGACAGGAAGCCAGGUACUUCCUGACUUUCAAUAGACAGAGAAACUAAGGACUUUGAAGAUAGAUGCCCGUGGCCCCUUGUUUGGCAGAAACAAUGCUGCAGCGAUGAGAUUAUAGCGAGCCCUUCCUGUGUGGCCUCCAUGGGUCCCACUCAACUCAGCACACAGGAUCAUGGGAAGAGGGUGGCAAGUGUAUUUGAGAUGGAGGAGGAAGGGCUUCCGCUCUUCCCUGGCUCAGAGAACCCCCCUGAGCAUGCAGAAAAUCCCCCCUUGAAGCGGAAGAAGGGCCCAGCCCCUAAGAUGCUGGGAAAUGAAGUGUGCAGCGUGUGCGGGGACAAGGCCUCCGGCUUCCACUACAACGUGCUGAGCUGCGAGGGCUGCAAGGGCUUCUUCCGCCGCAGCGUCAUCAAGGGCGCGCAGUACGUCUGCAAGAACGGUGGCAAGUGCGAGAUGGACAUGUACAUGCGCCGCAAGUGCCAGGAGUGCCGGCUGCGCAAGUGCCAGGAGGCCGGCAUGCGCGAGCAGUAUGUUCUGUCUGAAGAACAGAUCCGACUGAAGAAACUGAAGAAGCAGGAAGACGAUCAGGCUCGGACAGUUGUGGUGCGUCCAAACCCUCCGAAUCCGCCAAGCCCUUCCCACAAGCUGACGCCGGAACAGCUGAGCAUGAUAAAGAAGCUUGUGGCCGCUCAGCAGCAGUGCAACCAGCGUUCCUUCACUGACAGGCUCAAAGUGACGCCAUGGCCCCAGAUUCCUGAUCCGAAUAACCGUGAAGCAAGGCAGCAGCGUUUUGCACACUUCACAGAACUUGCAAUUAUCUCAGUGCAAGAGAUCGUGGACUUUGCCAAGCAAUUACCUGGCUUCCUGGAGCUUACCAGGGAAGAUCAGAUCGCUUUACUGAAGACAUCUACCAUAGAGGUGAUGUUGCUGGAGACCUCGCGGCGCUACAAUCCAGAGAUUGAGAGCAUCACCUUUCUUAAGGACCUGAGCUAUAAUCGGGAUGACUUCGCCAAAGCAGGUCUGCAGUUUGAGUUCAUUAACCCCAUCUUUGAGUUCUCAAAGGGAAUGAAUGAGUUACAGCUUAAUGAUGCUGAAUAUGCACUUUUAAUUGCCAUCAACAUUUUCUCUGCAGACCGACCGAAUGUGCAGGACCAGUCCCUGGUGGAGAGGCUGCAGCACACCUAUGUGGAAGCACUUCAUUCUUACAUUUGCAUCAACAGACCAAAUGACCGCUUGAUGUUUCCACGGAUGUUAAUGAAGCUGGUCAGUCUUCGGACACUGAGCAGUGUCCACUCUGAACAGGUGUUUGCCCUUCGGCUGCAGGACAAGAAACUCCCACCCCUGCUCUCAGAAAUCUGGGAUGUGCAUGAGUGACUGCAUGCUCCCAGGGCGCUGACAUGCUGACAUAAUGCCAUCUCCCAGCCUUUGCUAACGAGAAGCCAGCCUCCCCUCUCCAAAGCACUAAACCCUGGGCUGGGCAUGCAGGGAGUGAUGAGCCUGGGGUUUCAGUGUUGUCAUGAGACUAUGCAGGAGGCAGCUGGGAUAGAUCAGGUGGAGGGGUUGGUUUCGAUGUAGUGCCCAUACCCCAAAGGAAUAACGUGAAACAUUUGAAAACGGUAGAAAUGAAGACCUUUCCUCCUGCCCCUCAACUCCUUUUUCUUUCAGAGUCUUUCUCUUCUCUAAGCAUAUGCUGAGGGUUUGCCCAUUGAUCCUCUUCUUGAUGAUUAUGAAAAGGAAUUUGCAGAAACUUGCCAAAAGCUCUCUGUUGAGAGUAACCCAGCUCAAAAGGCUUCUGCAGGGUCCCCAGUUUACCUGGAUCUGAGGAGCUCAGGGAAGUCAGUGUGGAUGUUCUAGGGGUUUCACUGGGUUUCAUAUAAAUAAAAUCUCUUGAAUGUGCUGCCCUUUACAAUGAUUCCAAGAGAAGUAGCUUUUAUUUCUUUAUUAUGAGACUUCAUCUCUAGAGCUGCCCUUUAUUCUGGCCCUCCUUUGGAAAAAGGAUUCCUGUAAUGUGUAGUGCCCUUUGUCUAACAAGGAGGUCCUCUGGGUAGGGAACAUCGUGUAUCAAAAAGAUGUCAGGCAUAAAGUAGUGGAUUUUUUAAAAUGUAAUGCAUCACGGUUUUCUCAUGGUGGUUCUCGGACAGCUCAAUUUACCUUUGAUUUGCUAACUGCUGGACUUUAGUUCAAAACAAAUCAGGGUCAUAGAUUUAAUCUUUAGGGGUGGAAUAGAAGAAAGGUGGGUAGGCCUGGUACCUAGGUAAGGUGGGUGUGGUGGAAGGAUCUCAAAAACUUCCAAGAAUCUGGAGCAUGUGGUAUGUGUUCCAAGGUGGGUGUGAAGGCGUAUUGACCAAGGAGAGAGGACAUGCUGCAUUUAGUGAAAUAUGUGGGCAUUGUUAAGCUGUGGGCUGUACAACUGUCAGAUGAUGGGCUGCAGGAAUAUUGGGUGUAAUCAGAUCCACUUGCAUCGUCUUCCUUUUGCCAAAGUCUUUCCAAGGUACUUGCUCAAGAUUUCAGUGAUCACGGGAUAUGGAAGUCCCUCCUGUGUGAGGAGUGCCAACUGCUUCAGAAGGACACUUGGGUCUGGUAUCCUUUCUUCACUUUGGGCAUUGUGAGAUCCACACUGGAUUUGUGGCCCAAGUUUCAAGUAUCUGCAUCCAUAAGUAUUCUAGGAUUUACAGCAAUAUUUUGUCUGACGAAACAGAAAUACACUGUUAUAAAACAUGUUCCUUAUUUUCCAAGAAAAAAACAUCUGGCUGAUCUCAGAGAUGUAACUUCAAGUAUCCUGGUAGCUUGGUCUCAUGAGUCUUCUCUGUCAUAGGGGUCUAUGUUUGCUUGCCCAGUGAGCAUCCCAAGAGCAUAUGUUCACAUGGCUCGGGUUUUUUUUGUCUGUCUGUUUUUUGGUUUGUUUGUUGUUUUUUUUGGCUGUGUAUCUGAGCGCUAUGCCCGUGGUGAGGGUAUUGUGUCCAUUUUGCACUUGAGGUUGGUCCCCUGCCACUGGCCUUCACUCUGCACCUUUGUAAAGCACUUGUAACAAUCUGUAAAAUAAUCUGUUGUUUUUUAUAACUCAUUGCAAUUGCAGAAAUUCUUGUUUAAAUCUGUAUUUUUAACUAAUCUGUUUGAAAAAUGUUAAUGUUUAUAUAAAAGAAUAAAGCCUAAUACAGGAUUUUGA